AUGCAGCUUUGCGUCGUCGUAUCACAUCACCUCUGGGUGUGUCCAGUGGUCGUACACCUGCGACACGUCAGGAUGAAACAUGGGGUUGGAAAGGGUGUACGUCGACCACGGGGAGCCGUUGUUGCAACGGAGAAAAUAAAAGCACGCGUUCUCGCGCAGGUAGUUCUGCGUUUGGCGCACCAUCAUGUCGCACACAGCGGGAUCUGUGACGUAGCGGUACAUCUCAAAUCGCCGACGCACCACCUUGUAGGCAAGAUUAAAUUUGUGUGCGUUCAGCUGGACGAGCCACAUUUGCAGUUCCUUCAGUGCUUAUCGGUAAAGUCGGGAAACACGCUGCUUGUGGGUGAGCCGUGGGUCGUCAAUGAUGGGGUCCAAGUGGCGGACGCAGCCAGUGAAGUCGUGGACGUACGCGUCGGACUUCUUCUCGUAGCGUGGGUUGUCUAG